UCACUUUUUCGGGGCGGAUUUUCGUGUUUAACCCCGUGGAACCUCGUUGUGUCAGCGCGGGUCGUGUCUCUGCCGUGCGCUGCGCUGGUUCCCGUUCCCAUCCCGUGUAUUUGGGCAGUUUUUGGCUGUUUUGUAACUCUUUUUUCGGGAUGAAGUACUCUACCCGGCUCAAAGUGCGCAGAGUGUACGAGUGGCGCGGGAAACCGGUGGGAUUCGACCGCAAACUCCGGACGCACGAAUAUGAAGGUUUGUCCAUCCGUGUGGAGGGUCUCCCCAGGACCACGCACAUCUGUGUGGGGCAGCACAUUUUGAUCGAAGGCGACGAUGACGAUCAUCCCUAUGUGGCCAAAGUCCUCAAGCUGCUCGAAGACGAUGGCGGGCGGCAGAAGAAGGCGGUGGUCCAGUGGUUCGUCCGAGUGUCUGAGAUUCCUCUGGACAAACUGAAGCUGCUCGGACGAGAGCCUCACCCCAACGAGGUCUUUUAUUAUGAAGGAGCCAACUGUGACAAUGAGGUCGACGCAGAGUGCAUCCUGAGGCCCGCCAAGGUGGUGCAUGUAGAAGGCUCCGCCCCCUUUCCCUCCGCUGCAGACGCAGACGUGUUCUUCGUGAAGCUCUCGUGGACGUCGCGUUCCUUCAGAGUGUUCUCUGAGCCGGUGCGUUCUCCCUCUCCCCGAGCCGCCUCCCUGCCCCCCUCCCCCCCUCUGUCGUCUCUCUGCACGCCUCCCCGUUCCGCCCUCUGCUCCCCUGGCUCCGCCCCCUGCUCUCCGGCCCCUCCCUCCUUUCCUCCGGAUGGUUCGGCGCGACGCUGUCUGCCCACGCCGGACCCAAACGUGAUGAAGAAGGCCUCGUCUGGUCUGAGCAUGAGCACCGGCAAACUCCACGCUCAGGAGGCGGAGUCACUGCACUCGGCCAAUAAGAUGUCUGCAUCUAAGUGUCUGAGCGCCAAGAGGCGGGGCUCUGCGGCCAGGACUCCAGGCGUACGCAAGAAACUGCAACUGUUCGAUCCAGAGGACUCUUAUCUGGACUCUGAGCUGGACCAGCUGCUGGCCAAUGACCUCCAGACUGAGAGAGUCCCGACACAACCUCUGACCUCUGUGACCUCGCGCCGUCCAUCCGCCCCGGAGGAGGAGGAGGAGGCUGUGGUGAUGAAGCAGCCCUCUGUGCGGGUCAAACGCGUGUCUCUGCCACAGGACGACCCGUCCCCCUCCAUCAGGUGUGUGUUGGACUGUAGUCCCGACCAGGCGGACUCGGAGGAGGCAGAGUUACCUCAGUCUAUGAAGACUCCGAGCAAACGCACCCCUCGAAGAACCAGCGCCCCCCUCGGACAGAAGGCGACCACUCCGUCCAGAAAACGAGAAGCAAAGACCCUGAAGGAACCUGCGCUGGCCGUGCUGGCGGAGGUGGAUAAUGAGAAUUCUCCGAUGUUUCCGGUCACUCCUCGCAGCUCCAAGAGAAAAUCUGCCCAACAAGUGUCCUCCCGCAUCAGGAAGCAGCUGACGCAGUUAAACAGUGAUUUGCACCUGGACUCAGACUCUGAGGAGGAGUUUGUUCCUCCGAGACUGGAGCAGAGCAGUAGUGAUGAAGAGGAGGAGGUGCAGAGUGAGGAGGAGGAGGUGAAGAGGGGACGCAGAGGAAGCAUCAUGACUCCUCGAUCUGCUGCUAAAACUUGCGCCAGGACUCCACGAAAGACCCCCCGAAAGGUGACCCCCAGCACGCCCAGAACUCCACGUCACGCCAGGCCCAGUAUCCCGUCCAGGUCUGAGCCCGCCAAGAGACCGGGCAACGCACUGGAAGAGGCCCGCGCAAGGCUGCACGUGUCCUCUGUCCCCGAGUCUCUGCCCUGUCGAGAGCAGGAGUUCCAGGACAUCUACAGCUUUGUGGAGAGCAAGAUCAUCGACGGCACCGGAGGGUGCAUGUACAUCUCUGGGGUCCCGGGCACCGGGAAAACGGCAACGGUCCAGGAGGUGGUGAGGAGUCUGCAGAGCUCCGCCCACGACGGAGACAUCCCCACCUUCACCUUCAUCGAGAUCAACGGCAUGAAGAUGACCGACCCCCACCAAGCCUACGUCCAGAUCCUACAGAAGCUCACCGGUCAGAAGGCCACAGCUGACCACGCUGCGUCCCUAUUGGAGAAGAAGUUCAGUAGUCCCGCCCCUAGGAAGGAGACCACCGUCCUAUUGGUGGACGAGUUGGACCUCCUGUGGACACGUAAACAGGGCGUCCUGUAUAACCUGUUUGAUUGGCCGACGCGGCGUCACGCUCGCCUCGUGGUCCUGACCAUCGCCAACACCAUGGACCUGCCAGAGAGGAUCAUGGUCAACCGUGUGUCCUCAAGACUCGGCCUGACCCGGUUGUCUUUUCAGCCGUACAGUUUUAAACAGCUGCAGCAGAUCAUCAGCUCCAGACUCAACAGGAUCAAGGCCUUUGAAGAGGACGCCCUGCAGCUGGUGUCCAGGAAGGUGGCGGCCCUCUCUGGAGACGCGCGGCGCUGUCUGGACAUCUGUCGCCGGGCAACAGAGAUCUGUGAGCACAGCGGGGGCAGAGUUAGCGGCCGAUUGGUGGAAAUCAGUCAUGUGAUGGAGGCGCUGGGCGAGAUGUUCUCCUCAGCCUACGUCAACGCCAUUAAGGCGGCGUCCGUCCAGGAGCAGCUGUUCCUCAGAGCCGUCAUCACAGAGUUCAGACGACUGGGUUUGGAGGAGGCCUCAUUUCAACAGGUGCUCGUGCAGCAGGUGGCGCUGUGCCGCGUGGAGGGUGUAGCUCCGCCCCCUGUCUCUGAGGCGCUCGCCGUGUGUCUGCGCCUCGGGGCUCUACGGCUCCUCCUACUGGAGCCGAGCCGCAUGGACCUGCAGCUGAGGGUCCGGCUCAACGUGAGCCAGGACGACGUGCUGUACGCGCUCAAGACCGACUGAAGGACGGGG